CACCGGAAGUAGCAGGGUAACAGACUGCACGUGUGUGCGCUUUAUUUGAAGGUUAUAGACAAACACCUGGGAGAAACCUCGUCGUUUUUCAGCGUAGAAGGUCCCCGCGACAUUGUGUUUGUAGUUGAAGAGCACCUGGACUGCAACACUGCCAUGGAUCCCAUGAAAGCGCAGCAGCUAGCAGCAGAGCUGGAGGUGGAGAUGAUGGCUGAUAUGUACAACCGCAUGACCAAUGCCUGCCACAGGAAGUGUGUUCCCCCACUUUACAAAGAGGCGGAUCUGACCAAGGGCGAGUGUGUGUGCUUGGACCGCUGCGUGGCCAAGUACCUGGACCUCCACGAGAGGCUGGGCCGCAAGCUGACAGAGCUCUCCGUCCAGGACGAGGAAAUGAUGAGGAAAGCGGCUGUGGGCAGCGGCUAAAGACAAGACUGGAAUGGGAUGGGGAAUAGUAGCAAGUGUGGUUUCCUACAAGUUAGUUGAAGGUGAUGCUGGAGAAGGUUGUAGGCUGCACUUGCACAUGCAAGGAGACCUUCCAAACCCAUCAGAAAGUGGACUCAUAUUAAACUUGACCCGAUCCUGUGGGGGAGGAGGGAGCACGGGACGUGUCCUCGUUUCAUUUGACUUUCAGAGGACUUGAAAUGUGAAACAUUGCCUGGUUUUGAAAGCCAAAUGAGGAAUGAUUAGUUUGAGACAUAUAACCGACUGUUGGGAGUAACAUACGUGGGAAUCGAAUGAAAUACUGUUUCAAACGUUACAGCGCCGUUACCUUUACAGACAGUGAAAUGUGGCGGCUUAUUAUUGAGUCUAACGGUCUAUUUUUUUUUUUUUUUUUUUU